UAUCAUUCAAAGUAUAUCCUUGGCUGGUGGUGUACACGUUACAGACAACCUUAAGUAAGACCAUUCGUAUAGUGGACAAAUCUGGAAGUCAACCAACGAACGAUAAGUAUCAGUGACCAUUUAAGUAUGUCUGGUUACAAGGAUGAUACGUGUAUUAGACGAGACGUGUUUUACGUGAGUCAUCGGAGUCUCAGCAGUCACUACCAGCGGUAGUGUUACUGUGGCUGCUCCUCACGCUGUUUGGCUGCUCCAUACUUACGUAGUGUGUUUCAGCACACUUGUGAUUAUCCAUUGUGUGUCUUAAGUACGUAAGGAGAGAAGUGAGUUUAUUAAUGAAUAGGCAAGUGCUUCUUCGAGGGAGAAAGCUUGACACAUCAUCAUCUGUUGUGGCAGUCCAAGAUGGGGGCCAAAAGCAGUACACCGACCUCUGCAGAGAGAGAAAAAAAGCCUGUGGAAGCUGGGUUGCCACCACAGAUACUCACCUUACUUGACAGUCAGGCUAGAUACAUCAGGCAAAACCCCUUGUCAGAGGUUGAUCUUGGUUUGGGACAUGUACCCGAGACAACUGAUGUUCCAUCGACAAUUUGUCAGGAGCGUAUUAAUGAAAUUAAAAAAGAAAGUGAUAAAGCUACUCCUCCAGGAGAGUUUGUUGGUAGAAGUGUGGAAAUGGUUGCUGCUGCAACCAGCAUUCCACGACAGACUGUUGCUGGUUACGCAGAAAAAUGUGCUGCAGCUGCCCUUGCAAGACAGGCUCUUGCUUGUCAUCUGGAGAGGAGUGUUACAACCACCAUUCCACAGAAGACUGUUGCUAAUUAUUUGGAAAAAGAUGACACGACCACUAUUCCAAGACUGAUAGCUGAUGGAUAUGCGAAUAAGGAUAUUCCCUCCAUUCCACAGAAGACUGAUGCUAUAAAUGUGACAGGUAAUGAUAUGCAAGAGACAUUUACUGGAAAUGCAGACGGGAAUAAAACGAACAGUAAACUGCAACAAGACUUUGCUAAUGCUGGAAAUUUUUUAGCUGAACCUAUUAUUUCAAGACAACAAGUAACUGAACUGAAAUGUGAGGAAAGUGAUGCAAGUCAAAAUCAGUUAGAUAGAGCAGUACUUCAGAAUUUAGCUUGUCUAUCUAAGGUGACAAUGGCUGCUGGUGAGGUUGAGGUCACUGAAAAUUUGCAGUGGGAUGCCAGUAAUUGGACAAGAUGUGCUGAAAAUAUAAGUGAAAAUAAAAGCAAUGUAAUUGAAAAUAAUAUCCCAAAAGCUGAAAAUUAUAAGGGUUGUGAUUCUGAGCCACAGCUGUUUACUAAAACACAAUUGGACAGUACAGAUUGUGUUAAAAAUUUAGGAAAUUCUGAAGAUGAAAACACAGUAGUUACUAUGGUAUCAGAGCAGGAUGUUCAGGCAGCAGAAUGGGAAAAAAUCUCUCAAUUUUUAGAAAAAAAUACCCAUUAUCCAAAGAAAGCCUCAGAAAAUCAACUCAGUGACAAGAUUCUUAAAGAUGUUGCCACAGAACAAACACACACACAUGAAGAAACUGGUAUAUGUACAUGUAGUGCUGUGGGACCAGUGAGAGAUGCUAGUGUCAAGAUGAACGACAAGGACAGAAACGUGGCUGAAUAUAAACAACAUAAAG